AUGUUCCGAGGGGGGAGGGAGGGAGGGAUGGGCGUCGACCAGGGCAAGGCCAUGGAGGCCAGCUUCAAGGAGUUCCUGGCCCGGCCCGAGAACGCGGCGGUGGUGGAGAAGCAGCAGCGCAAGGAGGUGCGGCAGGCCCUCUCUGCCCAGGAGCGAGCCCAGCUGGAGGGCCUGCGCUCCGCGGUGCUGGGCGCCGACUUCGAGGCGCAGCGCGGUGUGGCCCCCUUCCUCCGCACGCCCUGCCUGCGGCGCGUGGUGCAGAGCUUCGCCAACGACCCGCGCGGCGACUUCUCCGCCUGGGCCGCCAACCCGCGCGUGCUGGAGAUGCUGGCGGCCGCGCAGGCCCUGCUGGACUCGGGGUCCAUGACCGAGGCGGAGAUGGAGCAUGUCAUGCUGGCCCAACUGCGCGACCCCUCCCACGAGGCCCACGCCGAGUUCCAGCGGAAAGCGCGGCGCGUGGCGCGCCUGCCCACCGACGCCCUGGUCGGGGCGCUGAACGAGCACCUGACCGAGCGGCGCAAGGGCAAUGAACUGUACCGGGCGCGGCGAUACGAGGCGGCGCUGGCGGCCUACACCCGUGCCGCCGCGGUGGUGGAGUUUGUGGAGGGCUUGGGCAGCGCCGACCAGGCUGAGGUGGUGCUCAACCGCGUGGCGGUGUACAACAACAUCGCGGCGGUGCACCUGGAGCAAAAGGACUACGGCCUGGCGGUGGAAUUCUGCGACAAAGUCCUGGCCCUCGACCCAGACAACGCGCGAGCGCGGCUGCGACGCGCCAAGGCCAAUGUAGGUCGGCACCAGUAUGGUCUCGCCGACGCCGACCUGGCGGACGCCGACCGCGCCAGCGGCGGCUGGCCGGCGGCCGGCGUGGAGGAGGUGCGGGCGGCGCUGGCGCGGGCGAGGAGGGAGGGCGCCGCCAGCGAGCGCAACUCCUUUGGCCGCAUGUUUGCCCAGAAGGCCUGA